AUGAACUCUCGGCGCAAAAUUACAGCUCUGACCCGAAUGUCAACAAAGGGGUGGAAAACCAGAACACUUCUUGAUGGUAUUGUACAUAAACGAUCUACAGAUGUACAGCAUGGGCUGGAAGAUGGAAGUGGAUUAUUGCCAGAAAGUAAUCCACCUCUGGCUGAAUCAGACAGUCAGCAGGAUAAGGGUUUCCUGAAGAGGAAAAAGAGGGCCAUUUUAUUUCCAAGUGGUGUAAAAGUGUGCCCUGAAGAAACAUUUGACCAGGCUCUUGUCAAUCAUAUGAAGUUUUUUAAACUUAGAGUGUGCCAAGAAACUGUCUGGGAAGUGUUCAAGAUCUUCUGGGACCGACUUCCAGACCAAGCAGAAUAUCAGCACUGGAUGCAUCAAUGUGAAGAGGGUACCAUGCCAGUGUUUGAUAUAGGGGAGAAUUUCAGCAAGUCGGAAGACCAUCACAAGUUAGUCAAACAGAAACUGGCUCUCGCUAAAAAUCCAGCAAGCAGUUCAGAUGCAACAUCAUUGACUUCAACACCAGAAACAACUACAUUUCGAGAUGCGGCUGCCAAUGUACCACUAUCAUAUGCAAUAUCCGUUGAACAUUUUUCACCAACUGGUUUUCUGAAGCAAGAGGAGACUGAAGAACAGCUGGACAAUGAAAUUUUCAAGAUUACAGAGAAGCCAGCCAGACCAGUGUACAAAAUGGUUGAAUUUAAUAUGCUUAUUCUUAAUGAGCAGUACAGCCCUGAACUAAGUGAUGUGUUCACAGAUCAGCACAAAGAGUUCACUGGAAAGUUUGUUACUGAGAUGAAAAGUGUAUAUCAUGCUUUGCCGGGCUAUAAAGGCAUAAUAGUACAGAAAAUAAGACUUGCUAUGGAAGUUCAGUAUGCUGUCAUUUUUGAUGGUGAUUCAGAUGCCAUAAACCAUGCAACGUUGGACCUCAUGAAUCUACAUUCUAAUAAAAUUGAAGACACUUCAUUACACGAUAAUGAAGAUAAUCCAACAGCUGUUUAUACUGUCAGUAGCUUUCGAAAUUUUAUACUGGAUAGUCUGAACAAACAGAUAUAUAGUGGAGAAAACACACUCAAUUUUGACCCGGAUUCUCUCCAGCUUGUCAAUGUAAAAAAUGUUCCAUCACACAUUUACAAAGAAUGGACAUUAGUCACCGAGAAACCAACCUUUCCCAUUCCUUCUACAGCAGAUGUUAAUAAUGCACUGCAAGCAGAAUGGCUUCCCACUGAAUUUACAACUAUAAGGAGCACUUAUCCAGAGGAAGAAAACAAUGAUGAGCUGGUUCCAAAAACCCAGGUGGCUUUGGAAGCAGAAAGCCCUGUUGUUACAGAUGAUAUUGUUUUUAAAGAUAAUUUUUAUACAAGUUCUGUGUACAAGCUUACUACGCCAGCAACUGCCUUAGACUUUGUGCAAAACACAUCUCUUAGCUCAGAGGAAUCUUUAAUAUAUCUAGUUGCUACUUCUGUGCAAAGUUCAGACAUUCAAGAAGAAUCAGGGGAUAAUGAUAUGUCCUGGUAUACUCAUACUACUAUUGGAACCUCAUACCCAUCUGUGUUUGAAGAUAUAUCAUUGCCUAAAGAAGACAAUGUUAUUACCACCACCCAUCUUCCACCAACUGCUACCAUUUCUUCAGCUGUAGAGUACCAUUCAGACAUUGUGACAUCAGCAAUAGCUGCAGAAGAGCCUGCAUUAAGUGAACCUACUUUAAGUAGUUUACUAAGUUAUUUUGAAAGCACCAAAGCAAAUGGUGACAACAUAUUAUCAGAAGUAACUGAAGCAAAUAGUGACCACUUAUCAUUACCAGUAACCUCAGUAAAUAGUGACAGCCUUUUAUCACAAGUAACUUCAGCAAAUAGUGAUAAUUUAUUAUCACAAGUAACUUCAGCAAAUAGUGAUAACUUAUUAUCACAAGUGACUUCUGAAAGCAAGCUGGAAACAGCUGAAAUUCUGGUGGAAGAUAAUUUACUGCCUACAAAAUUAAUCACUGAAAAUAAUAUUCCCCUUGAUGAAGGUUCAGGCUCAGGAUAUGUUGGUUUGACCAAAGAGGAAAAUCCUGUGACAUGGUCUUGGACAAAAACAACAAUGGAACCCCUUUCACCCUUAAAAGGACAAUCUAUAGAUAUAGAUUUAAUGGAGGUAACAAGAAGCUAUGAAGAUCUUAUUGAAGAAAAUUAUACUGAUAAAUCAGUUGAUCAAUACAUCAGUUUGCCUACCACUGAAGUACUCCCUAGUUUGAGCCAGGAGUUAGAAGAUAUUGAGAUCUCUCUUAGUACAAUUGCCACAGAAGGAAUUACAAAUCAGCCUGUCCUGCUGGAGACUGUAACAAACCUUCCACCUGUUCUGUCAACUCCAGAAUACUUGAAUGUUAAGCCAUCUAUGCAAACACCCCAACCUACAGUUAGAAACGGGCAUACAGUUACUGAAGUAGACAGCCACAUUGAUAACUCAUUGGAACAUUUGCUUUCACAUACUGCAAACACUACUAGCACUGCUCAACCAGCAGAACCCCCAUCCACAAGUAUUAUAGUGGACUAUGAUACAAUUAUUACAAAAAGUUUUAUUUCUAAUAAAAUAGAACCAGUACAGCCAUAUAUUCCAGUCCAAAACCUUAGUUCAGUCCCAACAACUAAUGCAAAUAAUAAUCAACCUAUAACUAGUUCUGACAAAAACAUUGUUUUGAUGCCAACAACCGACAUUACAGCUAAUAAUAAUGAUCACAAUUAUUUGUAUUUUCCAUCAGUGCCACCAAGUAAACCACAGGAUGAGCUGUCAAAUACCAUCCCUAGCUUGGAUAUUAUAAAGGCACAUCCAGAGAGCAACUCUGAAUCUGUAGGGGAAAGCAAUAUACCUAACAUUGUUACUGUGAUUCACAGAGAGGAAGUCAUCUCAGAUCCAGUGCAGUCAGAGUCACAUCCAAGUGGAACUUCUGUAGGCCCAACAAGUCUACUGGUACAAGAUGAAGGGGUCACACUGGAUGUACAGGACAUUUCUCUGGAAUUAGAUCACAUUAGCACAGUUUAUUUUCAUCCAGACAUGAGUCCUGAAGAGAGAAGCAUGGUGGCAAAGAAGAUGGACUCUACAGACUUGUCGGGGGUUGUCUUCUCUACUCAUGAGAGUGGCAUGAAUGUUUCUUCACAAAGACGAGCACUUGUGGUGUUUUUUAGUUUGCGUGUGACUAAUAUGAUAUUUUCAGAAGAUUUGUUUAAUAAAAACUCACCUGAAUAUAAAUCAUUGGAACAACGAUUUCUAGAACUGCUGGUUCCCUAUCUGCAGUCCAACUUAACUGGUUUUCAGAACCUUGAAAUAAUGAAUUUUCGGAAUGGCAGCAUCAUUGUAAACAGCAGAAUGAAGUUUGCAAAGCCUGUUCCACGCAAUGUAACAAAUGCUGUAUACAUUAUUCUUGAGGACUUCUGCAACACGGCUUACCAGACUAUGAACCUAGCCAUUGAUAAGUACUCUUUGGAUGUUGAAUCAGGAGAUGUAGCAGACCCGUGCAAAUUUCAGGCAUGCAAUGAAUACUCUGAAUGCCUUAUUAACAAAUGGAGUAGUGAAGGCGAAUGUGUUUGCAACCCAGGAUAUGUAAGCGUUGAUGGCUUGCCCUGUCAGAGCAUUUGUGAUUUGGAAAUAGACUUCUGUCAAAAUGAUGGCAAAUGUGAUGUUAUUCCUGGACAAGGAGCUAUUUGCAGAUGUCGUGUUGGAGAAAACUGGUGGUACCGAGGAGAACACUGUGAGGAAUAUGUCUCGGAACCUCUCGUGGUUGGCAUUGCCAUUGCUUCUGUAGCAGGGUUUCUCCUUGUGGCUUCAGCUAUUAUAUUUUUCUUAGCAAGAACACUUCGAGUUGACAGUACAAAGGGAGAUUCUGAGGAAUCUGGGGGACCAAGUGAUAGCUUGUCAUCUAUUGAAAAUGCUGUGAAAUAUAACCCCAUGUAUGAGAGUGACACCACAGGUUAUAGUCACUAUUAUAAGCGAUACCCACAGCUUCCAUCAACCAGUUCUACAAGUCCAGAGACUUCGGCAGACUUCAGUAGUGAAGAGAUCCGACACAUCUAUGAAAACAGCGAGCUCACUAAGGAGGAAAUUCAGGACCGGAUAAGAAUAAUAGAGCUCUAUGCAAAAGACCGACAAUUCGCUGAGUUUGUGAGGCAGCAUCAAAUGUAA